AUGACAGGAAAAGAAGCAGUAAAUAAUGUUGGGCGAGUUCUAGAUUUUGCCUACAUCACACUCUGGGUGGCUAACGCUAAAACGAUAACAAUCAUAUUCGAAUCACCUGUUACAAAUGAAGGGGAAAUUGCCAAAGAUUUGGCGGCGCAUGGUGACUUCGUGAAGGACGUGGCGUUCACAGUCGAAGAUUUGGACGAGCUGGUGAGACGAGCGAAGAAGGAGGGAGCCGAAAUUAUUAAAGACAUAACAGAAGAAAGCGACGAUGAUGGGCUGUUCAGAUACGCGGUGCUAAAGACAUACGGUGACAACACUCACACGUUGGUAGACAGGACUAAGUACAAGGGGGUGUUGCUACCAGGCUACAAGACAUCUGAAGACGACCCGCUGAACCAGUUACUUCCGAACACGAAUCUAACAUUCAUUGACCACGUGGAAGGUAACAUGGCGGACGGUACGCUAGAAGACACUGUCAACUGGUACGAGAGGAAUUUAAGCAUGCACCGGUUCUGGUGCGUCGACUACGACCACGAUUUGGUGCCUUACUCCUGCAUCAAUUCAGCGUCGGUCAUCAAUCAGAACGAGAACGUUCUCCUAUCGCUGAACGAGGCGGCUAAGGGACUCCGUCCAUCGAGCAAGGCUACAGAGUUCGUCAAAUCAUUGGGAGCGUCUGGGGUUGAACACAUCGCUUUGUACACGGACGAUAUUAUCACGACUAUAAAGAGUCUGAGGGCGCGCGGCGCGGAAAUCCUCUCUUGGCCACCGACAUACUAUGACUUGAUAGGGGAGAAGCUGAAAGAGAGCAGAGUGAAUGUGGCAGAGAGCGUGGAGCUACUUAAAGAGCACGAUGUCCACAUAGACUUUGACGAGCGCGGGUACAUGUUGCAAGCGUUCACUAAACACGUCCAGGCCCGUCCGACGCUCUUCCUCGAGAUUAUCCAGAGGAGGAAUCACAGGGGCUUCGGCGCCAUGAACUACAAAUGGGUAUUUGAGGCGAUCGAACGCCUCGAAGCCUCCAACGACAAGAAUGACGCU